CGGGCUUUGUCUUCGGAAGAUCUUAUCGGUGGACCAGCGCACUCUUCGUACAAUUUACCGAAGGUUCAUCGGAGAUCUUAUGAAUCUGUGGACGUCGCUGCAACUCGUUUGCGGUCUUUCGAAAUGGUGCGAGCGCAACCUGCGUUCUUAUUGACGGGACGAGGAACGCUGUCGACCGUCGAGACAAAUCGAUAAACCGGGUGCGAGUGGUGUUGCGGCGGUGGAAGAUAUCCAAGAGUCUAGCCACCUCCGACCGGAAAGCGUCUGGCUUGUCGCCGGAUUGAUUUUUGUGGAGCGGCAACCGCGCGACGCGAGGAUGAUGAUGACUUGUUGGGUCCUGGUCGGGGUCUUCGUAACCAUCGUGCUCAUUUACGGCCUCAUCGAAUUUCAUUAUUUUCUACGCAUGUUUAUCACCGUCUUCCUUGCGCGUUACUGCAAAAAAAGGGUGCACAUUCUUGACGAAACCGUGAUUUACGGCAUUUGCACUACUAACGACGUGGACGCGCUUUUAUAUCACAUGAAUAACGCGAGGUAUCUUCGCGAGCUCGAUUUUGCGAGGGUUGACUUUUACGAGAGGACCGAUCUUUACCGAGAAGUUUGUUCCCAAGGAUCAGGUGUUGUCCAAGGAGCUGCCACUAUACGUUAUAGGCGUUUCAUCAAGCCGCUAACGAUCUUUAAAAUAACAUCUAAGAUUAUUUAUUGGGAUGAGAGGAGUUUUUUCAUGGAGCAUCGAUUUAUCACGCCGAGCGAUGGUUUUAUAAGAGCAAUCGCGAUUUGCAGACAAAGACUUCUAAACUGUAGUGCCGACACUGUCAUUGGUGCUCUAUUGAAUCGUAGAGUGAAGCAUAAUGGAAAUAUUGAAGCAGGUGUAACGCAGGUAUCUCCUGUGCGACCAGAGAUGCCACCUGAAGUGAGUAGGUGGAUGGAAAGUAACGAGAUAUCAUCAGCGAUGUUGAGACAGGAACCAAUCACAAUAACGACGCGUUGCUGACAAACGGACGCCGCGACAUCCAGCGGCGUUUUGGCACCGAUAUACACAACCACGACUGUGUAACAAGCGGAAUGCAAUCUUUAUUCUUAAUUGCCGGAUGAUAGAUGUUGUUCUAGGGAAAUUCCAUAACAAGAUCGAUUAAAGAUUCUCGCUACUUGUGUGUGUUUAAUUGUCUUUGAGAAGCGGAAAUUUAGU